AUGGGAAGGCACUCUUGCUGCUACAAACAGAAGCUUAGGAAAGGUCUAUGGUCACCUGAGGAAGAUGAAAAACUUUUGAAUCAUAUUACUAACUAUGGUCAUGGAUGUUGGAGUUCAGUUCCUAAGCAAGCAGGUCUUCAAAGAUGUGGUAAGAGUUGUAGACUCAGAUGGAUUAAUUACCUUAGACCUGAUUUAAAAAGAGGUACAUUUUCACAAGAUGAAGAAAAUCUCAUCAUUGAACUUCAUUCAGUACUAGGAAAUAGAUGGUCUCAAAUUGCAGCACAGUUACCAGGAAGAACCGAUAACGAAAUAAAGAAUCUAUGGAACUCUUGCUUAAAGAAGAAACUUAAGCAAAAAGGUAUAGAUCCUGUAACUCAUAAGCCACUUUCUGAGGUUGAGAAUGGAGAAGAAGAUGAAGAAAAAACCAGAAACCAAGAGAAAGUAACAGAAAUAUCAGAAAGUACUUCAGGUUCUUAUGAGAAAAAACAAUCUUCAAUUGUUGUAAGAGCCUAUGAACCUGAAAUGGAAGUUGAAGGUUCAUGUUCCAAUUCCAACAACUAUAUGAUAGGAAAUUAUCCUAUUCAGAUGAGUUUCACAUCCAAUGAUAAUCUUCCAAACAAUAUCUCAAAUUCUUCUACUCAUUGGUUCAACCAAACAGGCAUAAAGCCUUUUGACAUGAACUCUGAAUUCACCUCAUUUCUGCCUAGUUCUUUCUGCUACAAAUCAUCGGUUCUCGAUGUUCCGUCAGAAGAUGUUUUGAUUUCUUCGGAUUCUUUUGGUAUGAAGAAUAACAUGCUAUCUUCUUGGGGGUUAACUGAUUGUGACAGUUCUAUUAAAGAGAAUCAGACAGAAGAAGAUGAAGCUAAGUGGAAUGAGUAUCUUCAAAAUCCAAUGAUAAUGCUACAAAAUCAAGAAUCUGAGGGCUUAUGCAAUCAGAGAAAGGCUGCUGCAAAUUUGAGCCAUGUUGAUGCUUUAGAGACUAUAUUGCCUCAUUCAAAGCAACAGGAAUCUUCUCAAUCUUAUAGUGUAGCUGCUUUUGGACAUGUAUAA